AUGUUUUGGGAGUAUCACAGCCCCCUCCUAAAAUCACCCGUGGGGGUCUCCAUCACUCGGGGGGGCGCGCUUUUCCCCUCUCCCCCCCAGGGGUUCCCGGGGGGUGGGGGCCGGACCCCCCCUCUGCCCGCGCUGGGGGUGACGCUGGGGCGGCUCUGGGGGGCUCUCGAGGCUCUGGUGACCCCCGGCGAGCGGGACCGGACCCGGCGGCUCGUGCAGGAUUUUGGGGCCCCCGGGGGGGCCGGACCCCGCCUGCAGGAGCGGCUGCGAGCGAAGCCCCCCGGCCCCCCCCGCCUGCCCGAGUGGCCCUGGGGCUCCAGCGAGCGGCUGCCGCUGCCAGUCCACACCAGUGCGGGACUGGUGCUGCCCCAGCAGGACUGGGACGACUGGAGGGGGCAGCUCUGGUUCGCCGCCCGGCUCAUCGCGGGGGUCCUGGACUACCGGGAGCAGCUGCAGCGGCGGGACCCCCCCGAGCCGUGGGUGCAGGCGGCGUUUGGGGGGUGUCGGGUGCCGGGGCCCCGGCGGGAUGAGGUGCUGAGGCUCCCCCCGGGGGCGCAGCCCCCCCAGUUCGUCACCGUCAGCAGGAACGGGCAGUUUUUCCAGCUGCAGGUGUGCGGGGACUCGGGCAGCCCCUGGGGUCCUGGCGCUGGCGGCGGCCCUGGGGGCUGCGGGCGCGGGCGGGGGCGGGGGGCCUCCGUGGGGCUCCUGACGGGGCAGCACCGGCGGGUCUGGGGCGUCCACGGCCGCAUGAUGAGGGACCGGCUGAGCCGCGACUCCAUUGGGCGGAUCCAGCGCAGCCUCCUCGUGCUGAGCCUCGAUUCGCCCGUGCUGAGCGGGGGGCGUGGCCAGGGGGGCGUGGCCGCCCAGGUCCUGCACGGGGGCGGGGCCGGCGCCAACAGCGCCAACCGCUGGUUCGACAAGACCCUGCAGCUGGUGGUGGGUCAGGACGGGACCUGUGGCGCCGUCUUCGACCCGGCCGUGAUCGACGGCCCCGCCGUGGCCGAGCUGCUCGACCACGCCCUGGAGCACAGCCGCCGCCCUCAGCCUGACCCCGCCCCUGUGACGUCACUGCCCGUGCCCCGCCCGCAGCGGCUCCGCUUCAGCAUCGACCCCGAAAUCGGCCCCGAACUGGAGAGGGCCAAGAGACACCUGGACAGCCUGGCGGCCGAUGUGGACGUUCACACCUUCGCCCACGAGGGCUUCGGGGCAGGGGCGGGGCCAAGGCCGGAGGCGCUCGUGCAGGUGGCCCUGCAGGUGGCCUUUUACAGGGCUCAUGGCUACCUGUGUGCCACCUGCGAGCCCACGUCCCUGCGGGGGGUCCUACCUGGCUGCACCGACCUCCUGCGCCCACCUGGGCCCCCCUGCCUGGCCCUGGCCCGCGCCCUCGACGACCCCGACGUGCAGCCCGAGCUGCAGAUGGCGCUGCUGCGCGAGGCCGUCGAGGCCCAAAACAGCCGCACCCAGGAGGUGCUGGCGGGGCGGGGCCCGGAGCGUCACCUGCAGGGGCUGCGCCAGGCGGCCCUGGCGGCCGGGGAGCCCCUCCCCGAAAUCUUCCUGGACCCCGCCUACACCCAGGCCACCCACUUCCGCCUCUGCACCCUCCAGGUGCGCUCCCGUGAGGGCUGCUGGCUGCUGCGGGGGCCGCUGGUGCCCGACGGGUACGGGGUGGGCGUGGGCCAUGUGGCCCCCCCAGACCACCCCCCCAAGGACCCUCGGGACCCCCCGGGGGCUUUUGGGGGUCUGCGCGUGGCCGUCACCGCCUUCUCCUGCUGCCACGAGACCGAGGCCGCCCGCCUGGGGGCCGCCAUCCGGGGGGUCUUCGACAGCCUCGGGGGGCUCCUGCGCCGCCACGGCCCCCCCUGAGCUUCCCCCGCCCCCCUGACCUUUGACCUUGCUCAUGCCCCUUCUCCCAGGGGGGCUUCACCUUCCACCACAGCCCCCAACAACCCCCCCCCGACACCCCCUUCCCACCAGCACCACAGGACCAGCCCCUGGGGCCGAUUUUUAGGCAUAAAAACCUUUGUUUUGGGUCACUGGAAAUGUCAAUAAAAUCCUUGGUGUCAGGGACUCCAGGCCAGGGGAUCCAGGCUGGGAUUUGGGGGUUGGUUCUGGUUCAGAAUUCAGGGGAUUCGGGCCAGGAUUUUGGGGUCAGUGCGGAUCCCGAUCCGGGGGAUCCAGGCCGGGAUUUGGGGGUCCCGAUCCAGGGGAAUCCAGGCCAUGUUUUUUGGGGGGAUCUUGGUCCCGAUCCGGGGGAUCCAGGCCGGGAUUUGGGGGUCCCGAUCCAAGGGAAUCCAGGCCGUGUUUUUCGGGGGUCCUGAUCCUGAUCCAGGGGAAUCCAGGCCAGGAUUUGGGGGUCCCGAUCCGGGGAAUCCAGGCCGUGUUUUUCGGGGGUCCCGGUCCCGGUUCGGCCCGGCCAUGGCGGCCGAAAA